GGCCCCUUGCACUGGCCUGGCGCUGUCUUCACCGGUUCCCGGGUUCCCCGGCUCGCUCUCCGGCAAGUGUGAGCAUCUCUUUCCCGCAGCGGUCGAGACCUGCGCCCUCAUGGCCGAGGUGAAGGUGAAGGUGCAGCCGCCCGACGCGGAUCCGGUCGAAAUCGAAAACAGAAUUAUAGAAUUAUGUCACCAGUUCCCUCAUGGAAUCACGGACCAAGUAAUUCAGAAUGAAAUGCCGCACAUAGAAGCCCAGCAGCGGGCAGUGGCCAUCAACAGACUGUUGUCCAUGGGUCAGUUGGAUCUCUUAAGGAGCAAUACAGGCCUUCUGUAUAGAAUAAAGGAUUCUCAGAAUGCUGGUAAAAUGAAAGGAUCAGAUAACCAAGAAAAACUAGUAUAUCAAAUCAUAGAGGAUGCAGGAAAUAAAGGAAUAUGGAGCAGAGAUAUCCGAUACAAAAGCAACUUGCCAUUAACAGAAAUUAACAAAAUUCUAAAGAAUUUGGAAAGUAAGAAGCUUAUCAAAGCUGUUAAGUCUGUGGCAGCCUCAAAAAAGAAGGUGUAUAUGCUCUAUAACCUGCAGCCAGACCGCUCUGUGACCGGCGGAGCCUGGUACAGUGACCAGGAUUUUGAAUCUGAAUUUGUAGAGGUGCUUAACCAACAGUGUUUUAAAUUCUUACAAACCAAGGCAGAAACAGCACGAGAAAGCAAACAGAAUCCAGUGAUACAGAGAAAUAGCUCAUUUGCUUCGUCACAUGAAGUGUGGAAGUAUAUCUGUGAACUGGGGAUCAGUAAGGUAGAGCUGUCCAUGGAAGACAUUGAGACCAUCUUGAAUACACUCAUCUAUGAUGGGAAAGUGGAGAUGACUAUCAUCGCUGCAAAAGAAGGUACCGUAGGCAGCGUGGACGGACACAUGAAACUGUACAGGGCAGUCAGCCCGAUCAUCCCGCCCACAGGAUUGGUCCGAGCCCCCUGCGGACUCUGCCCGGUUUUUGAUGACUGCCAUGAAGGUGGUGAGAUUUCACCAUCAAACUGUAUUUACAUGACAGAGUGGCUCGAAUUUUAAUAGAGCUAUGACCUUUACUGACAUUUUGCAAAUGAAGUUACUUUGGGAACAAAUAACUUAAUUCAUGAUGGAAUCAUCAUUUUCCCUUGAAAGCAAGCUUCAAGAUACAGACUUACUGCUGAGAAAAAAAUCUUUUAAUCUGUGAAGACUAAAUUUAUAUUGGUGGGGUAGUCAACGGAUAUGAAACAGGUAAGGUUAGUAGUAAUCCAUUCUUCAACAAGUAAAAUACUUUGAACUCCUGGAAGACCACCUUCUGAAGCUUUCAAGACUUUUGAUGAUUCACGGGAAAAGCAAUGAACAAGUCCACAUUUGCCAAGUACUUUAAUAACAGCUAGAGCUUUAAAAGGCCCAUUUUGAAGUCAUUUAUUAAGGUCUCCUUUGGGAAUACUUUACAUUUGGCUCAGUUUCACCACUUCUGUUACUGCCUUCUCAGUGGUUUAACUGAGAAGAAAUGAAAAGUGGGGAAGCAGGAAUCGCAGGGGAGAAGGCAGACUUGGAGCAUGGAUGGGGGACACAGUGGGACAUCCCUUUUCCACACACUACUGAUGACUGUUUAUGUCAGAAAUAUUCUUUCAGACAGUUAUGCCUCUGUACUUACCACAAACCCAGAUGAUGCCUGUUGUCGAGGAUAUGUGGACAGUGCAUGGAUAUUAAUCAUCCUCAGGGGAAUAUUUUCCCUGGUUCUUCUUUGUUAAAGUCUUAUAAGGUUCACUCUGUGGCUCAAUUGUAUUGUUUGCUAGAAUUUCCCCCAGAUUCUUAUUUAACUAAAUUAAAACUAAAAACAA